CCAUCUCCUCUGUGUCUCGCUUCGACCGCUGUCCUUCCUCCGCCUCCGCCUCCGCCGCAGCCGCCGCGCCGCCCGCACGCCGUUGCUACCGGACUCGAGCGGAGAUCUUCCUCCUCUCCUCUCGCUCAUCCGGAAUGCGUAUCUUUGUCAAGACCCCCACCGGCAGGACAAUCUGCCUCAAGGUCCACUCAUCAGACACCCUGUACACUGUCAAGGCAAAGAUCCAGCAGCAGUACCGCCUCUUCUUCGAUGGGGUGCAGCUAGAAGACAACCGUACAUUGGCCGAUUAUGGCAUCCAGCAUGACUCUACGAUUGACCUCCAGGAAAAGAUGCAAAUCUACGUGACAGAGACGCGGGCAGGCAGGACCAUUGCCCUUGAGGUUGACAGCCUAGACACCAUCGGUAACGUAAAGUCCAAGAUCCAGGACAUGGAGGGUUUUCCCAAGGGCCAGCAGUGCCUCAUUUUCGCCAACAAACAGCUGGAGGAUGACAACCGCAGCUUGGCUGACCACAAUAUCUGGAAGGAGUCCACCCUCCUCCUCGUUCUCCGUCCCUGUAGGCCAGGAGAAAGUAGGAUGAUGCACAUCAUUGUCAAGACUCUGUACGGGAAGACCCUCACCCUUGAGGUUGAGAGCUCGUAUACCAUCGAGAAUGUCAAGAUGAAGUUCUACGAGCAGGAAGGCACUCCCCCUAUGCAGCAGCGCAUCAUCUUUGCUGGCAAGCAGCUGGAGGACGACCGCACCCUCGCGGACUACAACAUUCAGACAGAAACUACCGUUGUUAUGGUGAAACGCCUUUGUGGUUGCUGAGCUUCAUGGCAUGCCAUUCAACAACCAGUUUUAUUUUGCUGGAGCCUUCCUUCCAGUAGUGGUGCGUUAUCAGUAAAGUAGUAUGGAGUGUCAUUCUAGUACUGUACGUUAGCACAUAAUGUAUGCUCAGGUAUUGUUCCUUCAUAGUUGAAGUAUAGUGUGGUUUCAGUAAAACUACGUACUGUUAUUGCUCCGGUAUUGUUCCUUCAUAGUAGAAGUGUGGUGUUUUUCCAGUAACACUACAUACUCCUACUAUCAUUUAGUAGCAUGUUAAUGUGUUGUGUAGUUCUUUUCA